CAGGACCAGGCCCCGCCCUCUCCCGUUGCCAUGGAGAGCGGGCGCCCGCCCCCCAGCCCGUCCCGGAAGCGGGCGCAGGGCGCAUGCGCGGCUGGGAGGCGGCGCCCAGCCGGGAGGCACCUGGACAGGUUCGGGCAGGAGCAGACAGCGUGAGGGCCGCAGCCGGGCCGCGGGGGCCACGAGGGGGAUACACCCGCCCCACCAUGAUGCGCUUCAUGCUCCUCUUCAGCCGCCAGGGCAAACUGCGCCUCCAGAAAUGGUACUUGGCCACCUCGGACAAGGACAAGAAAAAGAUGGUGCGAGACCUCAUGCAGGUGGUGCUGGCCCGGAAGCCCAAAAUGUGCAGCUUCCUGGAGUGGCGAGACCUCAAGGUGGUCUACAAAAGGUAUGCCAGCUUGUACUUCUGCUGUGCCAUUGAGGGGGAAGACAAUGAACUCAUCACCUUGGAGCUCAUCCAUCGAUACGUGGAGCUGCUGGACAAAUACUUUGGGAGUGUAUGUGAGCUGGAUAUCAUCUUCAAUUUUGAGAAGGCCUAUUUCAUCCUGGAUGAGUUUCUGAUGGGGGGUGAGGUGCAGGACACCUCCAAGAAGAGUGUCUUGAAGGCCAUUGAGCAGGCGGAUCUCUUGCAGGAGGUAGAGGAGGAUGAGUCACCCCGAAGCGUGCUGGAGGAGAUGGGGUUGGCGUAGCUGAGUGCUGCCACAGGAUCGUCUCAGGCCAACGCCCCUUGCCCCACUGCCACUUGCACCCCCUGUGUCCCUCUGCUGCUGCCUGUGCGGAAGAGGUGGCGGCAGCCACAGCCUGCCCAACUGAAGGGACCCUCUUUGUGGCGGGACCUGGACACGGUGGGCCUGUAAAUACUGAACAACCAACUCCGUGGGGAGGGUUCACUCUCGCAAAGCGUGGGGGGAGAAGGGGGAGCCUUUUGCCCCCAUCUGCUGGGCAAAUGUGUUUGUCUGCUGGGGGGGAUUGUGUUUUCUCUGCUGUCCACCUUCAUCUGUUUAGUUUUCUGUGCCCCCUCCUCUCCCCACCCCCAAUCUGUUCACACCAGCAACGUGGCACUUCCUGCCGCCCCCAAACCUGUGACUCACCCGGGCAGCAUGUGACGGGUCCCAGAUGAGGUGGCAGCAGCACCAGCUUUGCCUCUCUCUCUCUCUCUCUCUCUCCCUCGUUUUGUGUCAAGAGGCCAGCGCCACAUGGAGGGAGGGGUGGGAAGGAGCCCAGAAACUCGGAGGAGCGUCCUACAUUCAUCAGCCGUGUGGCCAGCCAGCUGCCGUCUGGUCUUUGGUGUGUGUGUGCAUAGGCUGUGUGUACGUUUCCCCCCCCCCAUCUUCCUAUAAGGCAUGGUCUUUCCAGACCAAGAAGAGUGUGUGUGCGUGCGUGUGUCUCCCCUCCCUCCCUCUCUCCUCCCUCCCUCUCUCCUCCCGUUUUGGAAUAAAGUGGGUGUGGAAGA